AUGCCUACCAUGCCUACCAUGCCUGCCAUGCCUGCGAGUGCCGAGGAGGAUACCAAGCUGGUGCAGGGGUCGACGAAGCUCAAGCUCCGGCCGCUGCCGCUGCCGCUGAAUGUGGACAAGUUUGAGCGGGACGAGCCGCGCGCUCUCACCGAGCGGGCCAAGGGUUCGAAGACCAGUCGGCGUUUGGCCGAUUUCUUGCUUGACAAGGAAUUGGAGGCGGACCGCUCUCCGAAGGAUGGCGAGGAGUUUCUGCGCCAAGUGAGCAACGUGAGCAAGGGCUCCUCCCCAAAGGGGCGCGGGGACCUUGCGGACAUUUUUCGCGACACCUCCCGCAAGAUGCUGGACAAGGACCGACGCGGUCUUUCGCCAUGCCCAUAUCCGCGGAUGACCCCGGUUUCCCCAGGCCCAUACUCGGAAGCCUCCUGGAGCCCUGAGAGCCCCAAGAGCGUCAUUUCAGCGAGCUGGUCCAUGGGGGAUAGGUGGGACGAGCGCGAGCGCGGCCUCUCCAAAUCCAGAGGAGCGCGGCGCUACUUGGCGGCGACCAACAGCAGCAAGUUUGACGAGUGGGCCAAGAAGCAGGAGCAGAGGCACGAGGAAGCAAAAGAGUACGAGGCAGAAGUCAGCCGGAAACAGACCUGCAUGGAGGAUGAGAGCAACAUCCUGGGCAGUCUCCUGAAUGACAAAGCGGUGGCUUCAGAGGUGGUGAACAAGAAGGCGGUGACGGAUCUGAAGACCAUCCGCCGGAUCUUCCUGGAGUUCGACCAAGAUGGCAGUGGCGCCAUCGAGCCACGGGAGUUCAUGCCGCUCUUGUCGCGGCUGCUGCGGCGCCCACAGGAGGAUCUUGACAAGAAAGAGGUAUGGGCCGUAUGGGAUCAGGUGGACGCGGACGGCAGCGGGUCCAUUGACUUCGACGAGUUUCAGCGGUGGUACACCGAGCUCAUGGGUAUCGACAUACUGGACUACGGCGAGAAUUUUAUCCCCGACGAUAUUUCGGGAGACCAGAUCAUGGUGCGCAACGUGGCCAAGAGUCUGGGGCGAACCAUCCUGGAGGUGGAAAAGCUCUAUGACGAAUUCAAGAAGCUCGACAUCGAUGGAAGCAACACCCUGGAAAUGAACGAGUUCCGGAUCUUGAUCCAGAAGCACUUUGCACCGAAGGGCCCUGAGGUCCCCGAGCAUGUCUUCAAGAUGUUCUGGAAGGACUUCGACAAGGAUGGCCGCGGCUCCGUGUCCUUCACAGGCUUCGUCAAGUGGUACCUGAAGUUCCUCGGCUGA